UGCACCCACUGGGUGUAGUCCUCGAGACCACGGUCGACUGCGGGCAGUCGGUUGGGGUCUGAGAAUAUCUUCUUCUCUUCUUUUUUCUUCUACUCGGUCUGGGCAGACCGUGUCGAGUGGAAUCCGAACCAGUGGGGGCACGCUAAGUGCACCCACUGGGUGUAGUCCCAGAGACUACUGUAGAAUGUUUGAUUCUGCGGUAGUCUUAGAGCUCUAUUCACUCGGAAACGGCCGAUCUUUGAUCUUGUCUACUGAUGUAUCUUUUUGCCGACUGUAAAAAUCCUGUGAGCUUAUCUCCAAGUUCGCCGAUUUCGAGAAGAAGCAGAGACAACUCAACCUUGACUUGGAGCUGAGCAAUCAGAACUUGAAAAGGGCCAAAGACGAAGUAGCUGGUACGGAAGAGAACAUGAAGCAAGCCAUGGUACAGAAGGAUCUUGACCUUGCAGCUGCGCAGACGGAGGCUAAGGAGAAGACCGCACUUGCUGACAAGAAGCUGGCCUCAGUCGGAGUGCUGGAGGAAGACAACGCCAAGCUAAAGACAGCCCUCACCGAGGCCAACAAAGAAGUGACUCGUCUGAAGAAAGACAAAGUUGCUUUGAACGAGAAGAUCGAAGGUAUUUCUCUUAAGAGAAAUGACCUGGAGGUUUAUUUGGAGGCACUCGCCAAGAAAUUGUUCCUUAUACUCGAAGAAUUCUGCCAGAACUUUGAAGAAGAAACUAGACGGAUCGAGAUAGGCUUGGACCCCAUCCUUUCUCCUGUCGGUGAUGAAGCUGCCAUGAACGUGCUUCGACUGGAGUCCCGCGUCGCCAACGUCAUGGGUUACCUCGCACGCCUGAAGGUUGAGGUGUCGCGGAUUGACUCGGCACUUUGGCCACGGGAGACGCUCCAGAAUGACCUCGAGUCCUUGAUGACUCGACUCAAUGGUGUCCCUGGCCGAGUGCAGGAGUGGAAUAAGUCAUCUGCUCAAUGCGGUGUUGAUGUGGCUCUGUCGCUGGUUUGUGUCCACUGCAAGGAAGCCCGAGAAGAGAAGCUGGCAGCGAUCAAUGUUGCCAAUACCAAAAGGCAUGGCUUCCAAUCCUUCAUGGAAACCUUCAUUGCUGCUGCCACUCGGAUUGGUGACGGAAUUGAUCUGGACGAGUUCGUCGAGCCUGCUAGCCCUCCUCAUGCGGAGUGA